GUUCAUUGAGCGCCAGAAUUGAUAUCAGCUUACUCGUAAGCUGCCAAAUGAUAACGACCAAUUACAACUCAUAACCGUUACGGAGCAGUCGUAUCAUGAGAAUUAUUUGAAAAUGGAACUACAGUCUCUUCUCGCCCUGUUCCUUUUAGGAGCAGUCGUUACAGUCAGUUCUAGUGAUGUAAAAAGUAGUUUGUCUUUUGUUAUCGAUGCAACUGCGUCGAUGAGUGAUGAUAUUAAAGAAGUGGGUAAUGCUGUAGAUGCAAUUUUAGAUGCAGUGAGUAAUUCAAGCUCUUCGCCGAUUGAUGAAUUUGUAUUGGUGACAUUUGAAAAUGAACCUAAACUGGUAACAAAAACCAAAGACAGGACAGCUUUUAAAAAAGAAAUAGGCAGUAUCAAUGCAGGUGGAGGCGGUUUCUGCCCUGAAAAGUCUCUGACGGGAAUCGAACUGGCACUAAAUGAGAGCCAAGACGGCUCUCUUCUGUAUGUUUUUACUGAUGCUUCCGCAGAAGACUAUAAUAAUUUUGCAAAAGUUGAAGCACUUAGUCAGAAGAAAGGAAUUCAGAUUGUAUUUCUUCUGACCGGCGUUUGUGAGAACGACACGAUCAGCCAGAGCUACCAAGUGUACCAAGAUCUUGCCAAAGCUACGAAUGGACAAGUAUUCCACUUGAAAAAGAGCGAAAUCGGAGAGGUAUUAAAAUAUGUGGAGGAAACUGUUGGGAGUCGAAAAAACGUUAUACUGAGUAAAACGUUGCCUGCUCGACAAUUAGGUUCAUUUAAUGUUAGAGUAGACGAAGAUAUAAAGGACAUUGUGAUCGCAGUGUCAGGCGAGAACGCACGGCUAGGCGUGUCCGAUCCAAGCGGCGAUGAAGCGCAUACUACGAACAUCACAAAGCUCCAAGCGAUAACGAUAGUGAAAGUCCCCGCCGUGAAACCAGGCGUGUACAGGGUGCAGACCGGUAGCGUCAGCAACACGCAUGUGGUCGUCUCGGCGUCGAGCUCUGUGCACUUCCGCCAUGGGUUCUCCACCAUCCCGCCUGCUAACAUCGAGGAUACUGUCACUAGACCCGCACCAGACGCAAAGUCCCACGUAGCAGUAAAAGUGCUUGACGCCCCACACGUGAAGCUGGUAAACGUGCAGAUCCUCGGUAUGGACGACGCCGUGCUCAUGCAGGAACCACUUACACUCGUCAGCAAAGAUGAACAGUUCUACACGACGGAGCCCGUUGAAACGCCGAAGGACACCUUUAAACUAGCUAUAAAUGGUUACGACACCAGGAAAAAUAGCAACAUAACGAGGUAUGGCUUAACACCAAUCAAACCUCAGUCCGUCAUCGAUCAGCCCACCGAGAAAGCUCCUGAAGUAACCAUUGAAGGAGGACCCACGAUCAACGCAGCAUUUCUCAAACCGCUGAAACUGAAAUGCACAGUUAAAGGAUAUCCAAAGGUUGACAUUAUCUGGCAAUCUGACGACACAGAGGCUAAGCUGGAGUAUGAGAAGGCUUCAAUCCUCGAGCUCCCCUACGACUACGUGAGUGUGCUGGAAAUACCUAAAGUGGAAAAGAAAGUGGCGUACAGUUGUCAAGCGACCAACGCGGCGGGCGACGGCGUGCAAAACGUAACCGUUCUUACUGAAGUAAAAGACUUCAUUGAAGUUAAGGCUGAAGAUACAACCAUCGAAUACCAGAAGCCAGGCAACAUAACCUGCGAAGUUCUAGCCCAUCCCCCAGCCACAGUAACCUGGUACAAAGGUCGGAAACUCCUCAAGCCUGGUGACAACUACAACGUCUCUGCCGACGGUACCGUCGUCACGGUCAACUCUAUGGAACCAGACUUGGCCGGCAACUAUUUUUGCGUAGUCAAGAAUAAUGCGAAGAAGGUUGUGAAGCUAUUGAAAGUGGACAUAAGUGGUGUCGGGCCGCCAAAAAUCGACAAGACUGUACACACGAUUAACGCUAGAGCAGAAACCGAAGUGACCUUCCGAUGCAGGCUUAUCGAAGCUAUACCAGACGCAACCCUCAGCUGGUCGUUCAAAAACGCCGACGAAGACAUUGCUCUGAACGAAACCUCGGACACGUUACAUUUGGACUACGUUCAGAUAUCCGACGCCGGCACGUACAGUUGCAAGGCGGAGAAUGCUAUGGGAGUUGACUAUCAUGGCAUUGAAUUGAUUGUCGAGUACUCUCCCGAUAUCUCGGAGGAUAUGGAUACGAGACUGACCGUGCUCGAAGGGACGCCAGUGACCCUCGAUUGUGCAGCCGAUGGAAUACCCAAGCCCAGCGUGGUCUGGACUCACAACGGACGGCUCCUUUUUGAUAAAACGAGGCAUACUUUCUAUGCCAAUGGAAGUCUUGGGUUUUCAGCUGUGCUAUCAGAUGCCGGAUACUACGCAUGUCAAGCGAGUAAUACGUGGGGAAGCGAUUCUAUCACUAUCGAGCUCGAUGUUAUUGUUCCUGUCGCUGUAAAGUCUCCAGGGAAAACCUUCAUUGAGCAAGAGGAAGGCACGUCUCUGAACUUGGAGUGCAAGGCUGGUGGGCCUCCCCCGCCUCACAUCACGUGGUUCUACCGCAAGACGAACACAUCUGACGCCAUUAAAAUAGCCCACAAUACCGUCGAAGGAGACUUGCGUUUCGCGAGAAUACACCACGGGCAGAGUGGCGAGUACACAUGCGUUGCCGUAAACGCCGGCGGUUCCAAAAAUAUCACCUACACCGUGUCGGUCACAGCUCGUCCCUCAAUCCUGUUCAGGAUGCGACAAUAUGACGGCGUGAAGGGUGACAUGUACCUGCGGGUCCCCUGCGAUGCCACCGGCAAUCCCAAACCUGAGGUCCUGUGGACCUUUGGAGGGAAGAACCUUUCUUCAGACUCUCCAUGGUACCUGAUCGGAAAGGAUGGCAGUCUCAUCAUCAAGAAAGUGGACGACUCGGCAGCAGGGACGUACACGUGCACAGCUAUCAACAAAUUUGGAUCUACUUCCGAACAGUUUCAAGUUGUUGUUAAUGAUUAUCCUGUAGAUCGUUUUUUGUCAAUCAUGAUAGAAGAAGGUAAAACGGAAAAUAUUGCGUGCAGUGUUCCACACAGGCCGAAGAUUGACAGAGUCAAUUGGUUCAAGGACGGCCGCAACAUAACUUCUGGCGAACUCAAGAACGUGACCCAAGCGGACGCGGGCACGUACACCUGUCGCGUGAGUGGCCCGGACCGGCCGCCCCAGACCGGAUCCACCAGGGUAGAGGUCGGGUUCAAGCCUCGGUUCAACUACGAGGGAGACAACAAUAUACCGUACGAGUAUGGACGCCGAGCGACCAUGGAUUGUUCUGCUAGUGGAGUUCCACAGCCUAUUGUGACCUGGCUCCACGACGGCAGAGCGCUCCCAUUCACAGAGUUCAAGUACGAGUUCGUAAUGAAUAACGACGGCCAAAGAGGGCGCUACACGUGCGCCGUCACCAACCAGUAUGGUUACGUGCAGCAAGACUUCAUCAUUGCUUAGAUGCAGGUUCCCGGGUACGAUGGUUGCACUGCACUGAUUACAAAACAGAUGCGCUUAUCUUGUAAUCUAGUACCGCCUUUAUCAAAUGGCUCAACAAUU